CUAUUCAUCGUCGUCCCGCGUAUUUAACACUACACUGCCAAUUACCAAAACACCUUACGACUAUGCUUCCCAAAUCUGCAACCCAAAUUUAUUACUAGUUUCUUCAUUUUCAAUCUUACCACCGAAAACGACGACGUUUGAUCGAUUGAUUAAAUCAUUCUGAAUCAAAAUGGAGACAUUUCUCCUCAUCUUCUACCUGAUCACCACCGCCGCAGCCUCGCCGGAAUAUACCCGCCCCAGCCCCCGCGCCCUCGUCACCCGCCGCUACGACGGCUCCGAUUCCGAUCCCCAGCAGGUGCAUAUUUCGUUGGUGGGGAAAGAUGGGAUGAGGAUUUCGUGGAUUACGAAGGAUGAUAAAGUGAAAUCUGUUGUAGAUUACGGCACGUCGCCGGGAAAGUACACGGCAACGGCGACCGGCGACGGCACAAGCUACCGUUACUUCCUGUACAAAUCGGGGAAAAUUCACCACGUCAAGAUCGGGCCUUUGCAGCCGAGCACGACGUAUUAUUACAGAUGCGGCGCUCAGGGCGGCGAGUUCAGUUUCCGGACUCCGCCGUCAGGUUUUCCGGUAGAGUUCGCCGUCGCCGGCGAUUUGGGUCAGACAGAGUGGACAGAAUCGACGCUAUCCCACAUCGGGGGCCAGGACUACGACGUCUUCCUGCUCCCGGGCGAUUUAUCGUACGCCGACACGCAGCAGCAUCUUUGGGACUCGUACGGGCUGCUGGUGGAGCCGUACGCGAGGUCCCGGCCCUGGAUGGUUACAGAGGGAAACCACGAGAUUGAGAGGUUCCCAAUCGUGUAUCCUGAGGGGUUCCGGGCCUACAACGCCAGGUGGGUGAUGCCGUACGAGGAGAGCGGGUCGAAGUCGAACCUCUACUACUCAUUUGAGGUGGCGGGCGUGCACGUGAUGAUGCUGGGGUCGUACACGGACUUCGAGUCCGGGUCCGCGCAGUACGGUUGGGUGCAGGAGGACUUGGGGAGGGUGAACAGGAGCCGGACUCCCUGGAUCUUGGCGCUGAUCCACGCUCCCUGGUAUAAUUCGAAUCGCGCCCAUAGAGGGGAGGGAGAGAGCAUGAGGAAGGCCUUGGAGGAGACGCUCUAUAAGGCCAAAGUCGACCUCGUCUUCGCCGGACAUGUUCAUGCCUACGAAAGAUUUGGUAGGGUUUAUGACAACAAGGCAGAUAAGUGUGGUCCAGUGCAUAUAACCAUUGGUGAUGGUGGGAACAGAGAAGGUCUAGCCUCAUCGUUCGACGAUCCAAGUCCAUCGAUUUCACUGUAUCGGGAGCCAAGCUUCGGACACGGGCGACUGAGAGUGUUUAAUGCGACUCAUGCGCUGUGGUCGUGGCACCGGAACAACGAGACUAAUGCAGCUGUGGCAGAUCAAGUAUGGCUCGAAAACUUGAGCUCUUCUUGUCUUGGUACCAAACCCUCGUCGAAGUCUCGGAACGACGAGCUAUAGGCAGUGUUGUUGAUAGAAUUGAAGUUUGAUCGAGAUUUGUGUGGACAGAUUGAUCAUAUAUAUUUAUUGGAUUGAUACAUUUGAUUAAAAAGAUUGGAAGUUUAGGUAGGGUGAAGAGAAGCUUCAAUGUUGAUUUACUUAUAUAUAUUGUGCUGGAAUGAUAGUCUGAUUAUGGUUUGUUACUUGUGCUGUAUUAAACUUAUUUCUUCAAAUUAGAGACAUUAUUUUCUA